AUGCCUGCAGGAUGAUUGGCUGGAACCCAGCCGCUGCUGGCACCGGAGUCAUCAGCAGCACCUGGGCCCACCGCGGGUCUUAACGCCACGUGAAUGUGGGAUCCAUUUUCAGGGUCUCCCUUGAACUGCUGCUCACGCACCGUGUGCUUUAGUUUUGCGGUCUGGGGUCGCAGGGUCACUCUACCAGCUGCGUCCCCUUUGACAAUUUAUUGCAUCACCGCUACCUAGAUUUCCUGGCCGGGCUGCUGAGAAGGGUGAAGAAUCACACAGCUGGCAGAGCUCCCCAUAAAAUAAAAGCCGCAAGGCCCCCUGAUCGGAAACUGCUAAGACUUUCAAGACUGGCACCGCUGAGCCGUAAGCCAAGUGCAGAGGCCGGGCCUGUGCAACCUCCGGGUCUGCAGGGCCACCAGAGAACGCAGUUUGCUUUACAUACAGUGGGCGCUCAACAAAUGCUCGGUUCACCUUUGCGACCACUCGCCGCGGCUUCUUCCUCAGCGCGCCCGACGGCUCGCGGACUGCGUGCGCCCGGGGCCGUCUCCAAGGCGCACGCGGGGCGGCCCCGCCGCCGCCGCCGCCCCGCAGUGUUUACGGGUUGCCGAGGAGAUUCCCCGGGCCGCCGGCUCCCGUCGCCGCCUCCGCCGCAUCGCUUCGCUCCGGGCCGGCUCCGGGUCCGAACGUGCCCGCGGCGCCAGCAGACAUGAGCCGCGGCGGCGCCUCCGCCUCCGCCUCCAGGCGCCCGGACGGGACCAGCGCCGCCGCGCCGCCCGCACCUGAGAAAACUUACGAUCAUCUUUUGGAAAUCCCGGUCUCUCGGGAGCAAUUAAACCAUUAUCGGAAUGUGGCUGAAAAUGCUCACAGUGAACUUGCAGCGACUUUGGUCAAAUUCGAGUGCGCUCAGAGUGAGCUCCGAGACCUCCGAUCCAAGAUGCUUUCUAAAGAAGUUUCUUUUAAAGAGUUGAAAGCUGAAAUGGAGAGCUAUAAAGAAAACAAUGCCAGAAAGUCAUCCCUCCUCACCUCUUUGCGAGACAGAGUGCAGGAGCUAGAGGAGGAAUCAGCAGCACUUGCCACGUCUAAAAUCAGAACAGAAAUCACAGUUCAGACUACAACAAAAGAGAACCAGGAACUAAAGAAGAAAGUUGUGGAACUCAGUGAGAAAUUACACCGCCUGGCCGGGCCCGGCCCGCUCGGCUUCGCCACCGCCUCCGGCCCCGCCCCCGCGACCAUCACGGAAGCCAAUGGAGGUUGGCCAAUCGAGCUCGAGUGGGUCGAGGACUUAUUCAGUGCUGUGGAAGCAAAAGCAGCUCUUGAAAAGGAAGUUACGAUCCUGCAAGAAAGGCUGCGUGCUGGCCAGCGGGCCUGGGAGGCCUCGAAGCAGGAGCUGAGCAUCCUGCAGAAAAGCGCCCACGAGUUGGAGGAGAGUUUGGAGGCCUCACGAAGCCAGCACUCUUCAUUUAGGGAGAACAUCGCAGCCCUCCUGAGAGGCAGCAUGGGUGUAACUGGAACCGCAGAGGAUGCCCUUUUGGAGAGGAUUCGAGAGAUGGGCAGCCAGGAGGACAGCAGGAAAAGGAUGGUCUCCCAGCUUGAAGCUCAAAUAUCUGAGCUUGUUGGACAGUUGGGCAGCGAGUCUGGGUCUCACCAGAAAGCUCUCCAGAGGGCCCGGAAAGCAGAAAACCAGUUGGAGACUCUGCAGGCCCGGCUGACACACCUGGAGGGAGAGCUGGUUUCUGGAGAUGUUCUGCGGGACAGCUUGAAUUUUGAGAAACAAAAAUAUCUUAAAUUUCUGGACGAGCUUUCAGAGAAAAUGAAACUGGACCAGAUGGCUGCUGAACUUGGCUUUGAUAUGCGUCUGGAUGUGGUUUUAGCUCGCACAGAGCAGCUGGUCCGACUUGAGAGCAACGCAGUCAUCGAGAACAAGACAAUUGCCCACAAUUUACAGAGAAAGCUAAAGACUCAGAAAGAAAGACUGGAGAGUAAAGAACUACACAUGAACCUUCUCCGGCAGAAAAUAGCCCAGCUGGAGGAGGAGAAGCAGGUGCGCACGGCCUUGCUGGUGGAGAGGGACGAGGCCCAUCUCACCAUCAGGAAGCUGGAGAAGAAAGUGGAGAGGCUGCAGAAGGAUCUGAGCAUGUGUCGAGACUCUAACACGGAGCUCAAAGCCAAGCUGGCUGAUACCAAUGAGCUUAAGAUUAAAACUUUGGAGCAGACCAAAGCCCUUGAAGACCUAACUAAAUCCAGAGACAAGCUGGAGAAGAUGAAGGAGAAAGUUGAGAAGAAGCUGAUAUCUGUCAAGUCAGAACUGGAUACCACUGAGCAUGAUGCCAAGGAGGAUAAAGAAAGGGCCAGAAACAUGAUAGAAGUGGUGACAAGUGAAAUGAAGACACUAAAAAAAUCUCUGGAAGAAGCAGAAAAGAGAGAAAAGCAGCUGGUGGAUUUCAGGGAAGUUGUGUCCAAGAUGUUGGGCUUGAAUGUGACCAAUCUCGCUCUUCCUGACUAUGAAAUCAUCAAAUGUCUUGAAAGACUGAUCCAUUCACAUCAGCAUCAUUUUGUCACCUGUGCCUGCAUCAAAGAUGUGACUACUGGGCAAGAUAGACACCUGCAAAGCCACCUAAAAUUUCCUCAUUGAACAUUGGGUCUCUCAAGUGAGGUGGGGCUAAGAGAUGGGACACAAUUCCCCAUCUCUUUUAAAUGUAAUCUGUAUAUGAAUCUUGUCUACUUUAUUCAUAUGGUAAGAAUGCAUCAUUGACCAAAGCAUCUCAAACGUGCCAGCCUUAGAUAAUUGUGUAGCACUAAAACCACCUAUUAUUUUAUUUGCUAGCACUUUGGGACUGAGAAGAAUUCCACCAGGUUGCACAUCUAGACUUGGAAAUGGGAGUAGGGGAUUAACAUGUCCAGGGUGUUUGCUUAUGAGUCAGGCUCUUUACCAGCUAAUUUAAUGCUCACAAUGACUAUGUGGAAAAGCUUUAAUGGUUUUAUUUUGCAAUCUCUCUGGGGCUCAAAGACGAUGUUGAGUUCAGUUGGCUCUGCAUCAAAGGCCCUGCUUCUCCUGCUGCUCCACAGCCUCAGCUUCUCCUGCAUAAGGAAGAAACCAUCCCUGUGGUCAUGAACUUAAGUCCCAAGUGACAGAUCUUUGAGUGUAACCUACUCAGCCUUUCUAAAAGGCAAUACACCUAAUUUACCUGGAUAAAACUUAGAUAGGUAUGAAGUCAAGGAAGAAAGCUAACCUGUUUUAAAUGUUGCUACCAGAUGACACCUGGUGGUAAUUUCCUGUUUGUUUGCUUGAGAGGCAGAGAGACUGAGAGGGAGAGACAGAGAGAGACAGACAGGGUUCCCUUCCUAAAUGCCUGCAGUGGCUGGGGCUGGUUCAGACUAAAGCUUAGAGCUGGUAGGUGGCAGGAGUGACUACUUAGGCCAUCACUGCUGCCUUCCAUGAUCUGCAUUAGUAGGUAGCUGAAGUCAGUAGUGGAGCCAGGGAUUGAGCCCAGGUUCUCCUGUAUGGGAUGUAAGCAUCCUAACCUGUGUCUUAAAUGCUAAGCCUAACCCCUCCUCCAGGCUGGUAAUUCUUAGUGUUUAAGCAGGGCUGAUCCCAGUACUUUGAUCAUGAAGUUUUUAAUGUGAAUCCAACAUUAAAGAAGGAAAAUAUCCAUAUAAUUGUGAAUUAUAUGAUGUAGUUAUAGAUUUAGGAGUGUAACCUAUAGAAUUUCUUUAAAAGGUAAUACACCUAGUUGGUUUAUUUACUAAUAUAUCAAGUGCAUCCACAGCAAAAGUUCUUCUUCAGGCUAAGGGCUUUAUUAUUAAUUUUGUUCACCCUGCCUUCUUUUAAAAUUUCUGUUUCUAUGAAUGUCCAGGAAGACAUAUUUUUAACUUGACCGAGAAACACAUGUUACUCUUUUGGACAAUUUAUCUUAUUUCUACCAUAUGAAAUGUAUUUUUUUGACAGGCAGAGUGGACAGUGAGAGAGAGACAGAGAGAAAGGUCUUCCCUCCGUUGGUUCACCCUCCAGUGGCCGCCGCGGCCAGCACGCUGUGGCCAGCGCACUGUGCUGAUCCGAAGACAGGAGCCAGGUGCUUCUCCUGGUCUCCCAUGGGGUGCAGGGCCCAAGCACUUGGGCCAUCCUCCACUGCCUUCCUGGGCCACAGCAGAGAGCUGGCCUGGAAGAGGGGCAACCGGGACAGAAUCCGGCGCCCCGACAGGGACUAGAACCCGGUGUGCCGGCGCCGCUAGGUGGAGGAUUAGCCUAUUGAGCCGCGGCGCUGGCCUGAAAUGUAUUUUUUUAAUCAUCAUUGAAAAAACACUAGUGUCUAAUUAAAGGAAACAGAAAAAAAAAUAGGUUCAGUGCACUCAAACAUUAAGAGAAAAUUAAAACUAUACAAGUAGUUCAUGAGUUUCCAAAGUUGAUGUCAUGUAUAAAGCACGGACUUCUAAACCAAGGAGAUGAAGAAGAUAUAAUGCUGGCGCUGUGGCGUAGUGGGUGAAGCUGCCGCCUGCAAUGCCGGCAACCCACAUGGGUGCCAGUUCGAGUCUCAGCUGCUCCACUUCCGAUCCAGCUCUCUGCUGUGGCCUGGGAAAGCUGUGGAAGAUGGCCCAAGUCCUUGGGCCCUUGCACCCAUGUGGGAGACCUGAAAGAACCUCCUGGCUCCUGGCUUUGGAUCUGUGCAGCUCUGGCCAUUGCAGACAAUUGGGGAGUGAACCAGUAGAUUGAAGACCUCUCUCCCUCUCUCUCUGUGUCUCCUUCUCUCUCUGUGUAACUCUGACUUUCAAAAUAAACAAAUCUUAAAAAAACAAAACAUUAUGAUCAAUUGCAAGGGCUAAAACUUGAUUGGAUCCUGUUGUGCGUAAAAAAACAUUAAAAUAUUCUUUCAACAAUUUGGUAAACUUGAAUAUAGACUUGAUACUAGAUGACAUUUUUAUAUUUUAAUUUUGUAAGCUUAAUAAAUGCACUACUGUUGUUUGUCUUAAUCAAAAAUAAUCAAAAUAAUCAAUAAUCAAAAAUAAUAAUAAACAAAAAUCGAAGAAUUCAUAGUACUACACAAAAUAAGUGAGAUGGUGGGGAAUGAAGAUCUUCUUUUAAAAAAAUUACUCUCUAUGAACUCAAGAGGCUUCCAUAGCCAUGGCAGCUCAUGAUAAGAGCCUUGGGUGAUUACUGACGUCAUAAAUGAGAGUGUAAAUUGUAAAAUCAACAAUAGGAGUCACUGUGCACUUACUCCCCAUGGAGGAUCUCUGUCCUUAAUGUGUUGUACUAUGCGAAUUAACGGUAUAACUAGUACUCAAAUAGUACUUAACACUUUGUGUUUCUGUGUGGGUGUGAACUGUUGAAAUCUUUACUUAGUAUAUACUAAGUUGAUCUUCUGUAUAUAAAGAUAAUUGAAAAUGAAUCUUGAUGUGAAUGGGAUGGGAGAGGGAGUGGGAGAUGGGAUGGUUGCAGGUGGGAGGGAGGUUAUGGGGGAAAAAGCCACUAUAAUUCAAAAAUUGUACUUUGGAAAUUUAUAUUUAUUAAAUAAAAGUUAAAAAAAAUUACUCUCUAAUGAAUGCAGAAUGGAUGGUGAAAAACGGAGAAAAUGACAAAUGCAGAAGAAAACUAAGGAGCUCAGCAUGUGUAGGGUGGAUGCAGCAGACCCCACAGAGGGUGUGGCUGUGCUCUGUCCAGUGUUCUCCUUCAUGUGCAAUGACAGGAUAAGUAGUGUUUGCAAGUGCAUAAAUACACCUGUGCAGCCCAACUGAGGACAGCACCCAGAGCAGCCAGAGGCCAGAGAGGCAGCAUCGAGUUUUCUCAGAGGGGGGCCUGCAGUCUCUGGAGGGCCCCUCCCAUUCUCCAAGGAUUGGUGGCUACUGCUGUACGCCCACCCCCACUCGAGUGGAGGAAGUGACAUCGCUGGCUCUCUCUAGCGUAUACCCGUUGGUGCAGCUGUGGGUCUGUGUGUGUGUGGGGGGGGGGGAGAGGGGAUUGUUUUUGUAAUUCUGUUUGGAUUUUUCAAAUACAAUCUUUAAUGAAUUUGGUGUACUUUCUGUGUAACUUUAUUUUCUAUUUAUUUAUUUAUUUUACUUAUUUGACAGGCAGAGUUAGACAGUG